GCUGCCCUUCUAUCCCCCUGAUGCCGAUCGAGGGAGACUGCGUUUCUGAUGGUUUUCUCCCUCGCGGUUGCUUAAUUCGCUUGGGGUCGUAGAUCUGCCACCGGAGGGGGGUGGCUGUUGCUCCGCCGCCGGCCACCUCUGGCGGCCGGGGUGGUAGAUCCGCGCGCCCCUGCUUGCGCGUGCUUCAAUCUUAACAAGAAAGAAAAGAAAAUGUCGCGUGUGAUGUCAUGUGGAGGCAAGGUCCAUGCACCUGCAGAGAAGUUGUUUGCCUUUGCAGAUUUCUCUUAUAUGUAUAACCACACCGGACAUGAGGGAAUCGCCUUCAACGCAGGGGGAGCCAUCUACUUCUGCAGCGGUUGAUGAUAGCUAUUCAGACAACAGGGUUGAAGAUUCACAACUGUUCCUCUCCGUCCCAUCUUUAAACCAAGCUGCAUCUUAUCUUGCCCAGACAGCUUCAUAUCUCACCCAGUGCCUCCCUGUACCUGGUUACGUUGGUCUAUCUGAGGAGGGCCAAGAAUUAGUAACACUGCCACCAGUAUCAGCUGCUAGCAGAUCAUCUGUUCAGGCUUCUUCCAUAGAGUCAGCUGGCACUAACUCAUCCCUCGCUCAGGCAGAUUGUAGCGGAAGCUCCUCUCAAGAAAACUCAGGACACAUGGUACCUUCACGUGUUUUCCAGAAUGGAACCUCAUUGUUUCAAGGACUUGUAGAGAGUGCUCGGAAAACUGUCCGUGGUUCAGCAGAUGAUAUCGGCUGGCUCCAGCGGGAUCAAGGCUUGCCUACAACUGAGGAUGGGACAACCAGAUUCUUGGAGAUUCUGGACUCUGUGAGAAAAAAUGAGCACAAGCUACCCCAUUCGAUGGUUUAUUUGUUGGUUCCAGGUUUGUUUAGUAACCACGGGCCGCUUUAUUUUGUCAAGACAAAAUCAUACUUCUCCAAAAUGGGUCUGGCUUGUCACAUCGCCAAAAUUCAUAGUGAGUCUUCAGUAAGUAAAAACGCGAGAGAGAUAAAGGAAUACAUAGAAGAAAUAUACUGGGGAUCAAGGAAACGUAUUCUACUUCUUGGUCAUAGCAAGGGCGGCGUAGAUGCGGCUGCAGCCCUCUCCCUCUAUUGGCCACAACUGAAAGACAAAGUUGCAGGUUUGGUAUUAGCCCAAAGUCCAUAUGGGGGAAGCCCAGUUGCUUCAGAUAUCCUUCGCGAGGGGCAGCUUGGUGACUACGUCAGGUUGCGUAAACUCAUGGAAAUGUUGGUAUCCAAAGUCCUUAAGGGUGAUCUGCAGGCUCUAGUAGAUCUGACUUAUGAAAGGAGGAAAGAAUUCCUGCGACAGCACCCGUUACCCCAGGAGGUUCCAAUUGUAUCAUUCCACACAGAGGCAAGGAUCACCCCUAGCGUGCUCACGGCUCUCUCUCAUGUUGCACAUUUGGAGCUCCCGAUUGCUGCCGAUGGCAAUUCCACCCGAAUCCCAGUUGUAAUGCCACUUUCUGCUGCAAUGGCAGCAUGCUCACAACUGCUGGUGGCAAGGUAUGGUGAGAAGAGUGAUGGUCUUGUGACGAGGAAGGAUGCUGAGGUUCCUGGAUCAGUGUUGGUCCGGCCAGAGAGGAAUCUAGACCAUGCAUGGAUGGUGUAUUCCUCGCUGAAAGACGAGCCUGGGGAUCAGGCAGACACAUCGCAGGUAUGUGAAGCCCUGCUAACUCUGCUUGUGGAGGUUGCACAGAAAAGGAGGCAUGAGAUAGCCAUGAAAGAUGAGUGAAAGUAUUAGUGUUGCCCUGAGAUAUGUCUGUAAUGGUAGACUUUCGUUAUUGCUGGCUGUACAGUGUUGUGUCCAAACCAAUGUUCAAAGUGCUUCUGGACCUGCUUUUCUUUGGUUUACAGAAGCUUAUGAAUGAUCUUGCAUAUCAUGUGAAUUUUAAAGGUGGAAAAGGCAACGUUAGAAGUGGUUGCCCCCUUCUAACUU